CGAAACUCUGUUCACUGGUGGACUUGUGAUUCAAACAAGGUCGUUUUUAAAUACCUGCAUCGCGCUCGAACCAAGUAAAAUGCUUCGGGGGCCUGGGCCACAGCUAUGGAUGCGCUCUUCCUCGCGCGGUGCAAAGAUAGGGAGAGCUUAUCCCACAGCCCAUCAUAUCGAUGGGCGCGCAAGCGGGGGACGUCCUCUCCACUUUGGUCUGCACCCAUGUCACCGGCCAUGCUUGCGUGCCAAGGCCGCCCAGUCCGGAUUGGCCGAACUGCCGCUUCCGGAGGGCUCGCUGGGACUCCCCGUUGUUGGUGAAACGUUGGAGCUCAUCACAAACGGUGACACGUUUGGUACCAGCCGCCGCGAGCGGUACGGCGACGUGUACAAGACCAACAUCUUGGGUGCGCCCACAGUCAUGGUGUACGGCGAGGAUGCGGUGCGUGCGGUGCUGGCGGCGGAGGACAGGCUGGUGGCCAGUGACUGGCCGCAGGUCACGUCCACGCUGGUGGGCCCUGACAGCCUCAACCUGCUGACGGGGCCCCGCCACGGGGCCGUCAAGCGGGCGCUGUCGGACGCCUUCGCGGACAGGGCGCUGCGGCGGCACGUGCCAGCCAUUGCGGAGCUGGUGCAGGAUUAUGUGACGGGGUGGGCGGCGGGGCCACAGCCUACGGCUGGCUUUGAGUCAUGCCAGCUGCUGUCACAGGCGGUGUUUGACCGAGUGGUCUUGGGCGGUGCCGGCAGCCGCGACCGUGCCGCCCAGCUGCAGGCCGUCAUGUCGGCGUUGCAGGCCGGCUUCAACACGCCGCCCGUGCAGCUGCCGUUCACAGCGUACGGCAAGGCGGUGGCGGCGCGCCAGGAGUUCGGACAGCUGGUGUCCCAAUCCAUUCAACGCAGCCGCCAGCACACCGCGGCCUCCGCCACCGUCUCCGUCUCCCCAUCCUCCGCGCCCGCCUUUGACUGCGCAAUGUCAGACGUGGUCGCGGCCGCUGCCGCCGCCGCCGCCACCGGCACGGCGCUGCCCGACUCGCUGCUGGUGGACAACGCCGCCGCCGCCUUCUUCGGCAACGCCUCCACUGGUCCUUCGCUGGCCAAGGCGCUGCAGCACCUCGCGACCAACGCCGCCGGACCCAAUGGUGGCGCCACCGGCGGGGUCAUGGCGGCGCUAAGGCAGGAGCAGCAGGACAUCGUAUCUCGGCACGGGCCCGCCAUCACGGCUGAGGCGCUGGACGAGAUGUCGUACGGCACGGCGGUGGCACGUGAGCUGUUGCGCAUCACGCCCGCCGUGCCCGCCGUGUUCCGUCUCGCACUGGUGGACUUCGAGCUGCAGGGCCGCCGCAUCCCGAAGGGCUGGCGCGUCUGGUGCCACGUUGGCGACUCGGUCACGCGCUACAACAAGGACCAGUUCCAGCCCGAGCGCUGGCUUGGCAGCAGCGGCAGUAGCACCAGCACUACUGGAACCGCGGGUGACAGCACGGCGGCCGCAGCAACAACAGGAGGGGCGGCAGCAGCAGGGGCAGUGGCGGCCGGCGGAUGCCCUAUGCACGCCGGCGGCGGGGGCGCCGCGCGCGGCGCACAGCCCGAGUACAGUCUGCCCUUUGGCUCGGGCGUGCGCACGUGCCUGGGUCGUAACCUGGUCAUGACGGAGCUGCUGGUGGUGCUGGCGGUGCUGGCACGUGGGUAUGAGUGGGAGGCGGUGAACCCAGCGGAGCAGUGGGGCGUGGUGCCGUCGCCUGCACCCAAGGAGGGCCUGCGCGUGCGGCUGCAUCGUCGGCUGUGAGCGUACGUGGGGCAGAGGUGCAUGGUGUGGUGCGCCCGAGUCCGCGUGAGAGAGAGAGAGUGUGUGUAUGUGUGUGUGUGUGUGUGUGUGUGUGUGUGUGUGUGUGCGUCUGUGUGUGAGCGUGUGUGCAUGAAGACAAGCACGGUGCGCAGAGAAACGAGACCAUGAACACAUGCGGCUGUGCCGGGUGGCACUGUUGAGUAACAAAGCCGCGAGGGACUACGUAUCUGCUUCCCGUGUAAUGUGCUGGCAAUGCUGUCCCCGUAUCUUGAUGGCUACUGUGAUGUCGGACUUUCAAACUGCUGGCGCUGAUGAAAAGCAGUGUUGAUAAGAUAUGUGGUCCCCCUCGCAGUGUCGAAAAAUCAAACAUAGCCACGGGUGCCCCAAGCCCCCACGGUCAGGAUAAGGUGGCCCCGCGGAGCCGCAACCCGGCCUGUCAAAUAGUCCACUGGGGGGGGGGCUGUACUGCUAUUACAACACAGUGAAGACUACAAGAGUGUAAUGCUAAAUGUAC